CAUUCCUGGCUGCCGUGGGAACCGGAGUGUUUGCAGAUCGCAGUCCCGGUGUGACCGAGGCCGGGAGCAGCUCCUGACAGUCCGCUCUCCAGUGCUCCGGGGACCCAGGGAAGCCACCAUGGCCAAACUGCUACAAGCCCCUCCCAAAUUCCUGCCGCCUGAGUGGCACAUCGCUAACAAAAGCCAGUACAACAGCACAGAAGCUCAGCGCUCCAAGUCUGAGCGCCUCGUGGCUGAGAGUCAGAGGCUGGUGGAUGAGAUUGAGAAGAUAACCCAGAGAAUGCAGGGUGAUGUCAACGAGAAGAUCGAGCAGAGACUUGAUGAAAUAAAGUUCUGGAAGAAGGAAUUGGAUGACAAACUUGAUCAGCUCGUAAAGGAAACUGAAGUGCUGUUCACAUUUAAGACAAGAUUGGAGAAGGCUCUGGAGAGCUGCCAAGAGCCCUUGUACAUUGCCCAGAAAUGUCUGGCAUAUAGGGAGCAACGUGUCGGCAUUGACCUAGUACAUGAUGAACUAGACCGAGAGCUGGUCAAGGAGGAAGAGAUCUUGCAAGGGGUCAUAUCUCUGCUCCAGCGAACCCUGGAAGAGACCUCAGAGCAGCUCAGGUUGAACCGAGCUGCUAAGUACAACCUGGAGAAGGAUCUGAAAGACAAAUUUGUUGCUCUGACCAUCGAAGACUUCUGUUGCUCGCUCACCAACAACAACCCUGAUAUCUGCUAUGCCAAUAAUGUUGUCAGAAUUGAGCCCAACUCUGUGAGUGUUGAUGAUUGGGUGGAUUUCUCCAACGUUAAUAUGGAGAAGGCAGAUAAGCAGAGGAACAACACAUUGGCACUGGAGGCCUUGAUCGACAGAAUUCUGUCCCAGACGACCAAUGACCUGCGUAGACAGUUUGAGACUGUGAACGUUGCCUUCCAAAACCGGAUCAAACAAACAAAAGAUGCCAAGGACAAAUUGGCCAUGCAUCUAGACAAGGUGAUGGAUGAGAUCACCUCCCAGGAAAAUAACAUUGCAGUUUUAAAUAAAGCCAUCCUUGACAAAGAGGGUCCUGCCAAAGUGGCUCAGACACGCCUUGAGUCUCGGUGCCAUCGGCCCAAUGUGGAGCUGUGCCGGGAUGUGGUGCAGUGCUGCCUGUUGAAGGAGGUUCGUGAGAUCACCAGCAACAUUGGAAGGCUGAAGGACAUGUUGGCCCAAGCUGACGCCGAGCUGAAAGAACUGAGCCGAAGGCAGCUGUCGCUACAGGAGGAGAUCCAGGUGAAGGAGAACACGCUAUACAUCGACGAGGUCCUCUGCCUGCAAAUGAGGAAGAUCAUCCUCCACCACGACUUCUGA